AUGAAGACCUUCACCGCUACCGCCAUCCUCGCUUUCGCAGCUAGCCUCGCCCAUGCAGCACCUGCAGUCCAGGCAAGACAAUUUGAGGCUCAGAUUACUUUCACUGGAGCCGCUGGAGCUUCAUACACGCUCUCUGUCCCUACUGAUGGAAGCGUUUUUCCAAUUACCAACAAUCUCAGUGUCUCCAAGAUCGGUUCUUUGGGAGGAGCUACUUGUGCUUUUGAUGGUGUCGAUGGGAGUUACACUAUUCUUGUGGGUGCACAGACAGUGGAUGUUGGACCGCCUCGGGUGCAGGUCUCAGGGUCUUGCAGGGCUUUCUAG